AUGGCUCCGUCCUUUGACCACCUGCGCGAGGCCGACCUUGACGAUGAUGAGUUCAAUGAGGACGAUAUCGAUAUCUCGGAUCUUCGCGAGAAGUUCGAAGUUUCCCUGGAACACGGCUAUGAUGCCUUUGUUGUCAUCGACGGCUUGCCCUCGGUCACCGAGGACCAGAAGCCCAAGCUUACUAAGUUUCUGUUGAAGAAGCUCAACUCUGUUGGGAGGACGAGAGAAGAUUUGAUCUAUAUGCCCAUGGGCGAUGAUGGAAAAUCUCUAAGCUUUGCCUUUGUUGAAUAUUCUUCUCCUGCAGAGGCCGCCGCCGCCACGCGACAGCUAGACUUGGUUCCCCUUGACAAGAAACACACUAUGCGUGUAAACAAACUAACCGAUAUCGAGCGCUAUGGUGGUGAGGGCAGAGUCGAUGAAAAGUACACACCUCCCCAUAUUGACGAGUUUACCGAAAAGGAACAUCUGCGAUGGUUCAUGAAGGAUCCUUCAGGCCGAGGGCGCGACCAAUUUAUCAUGUAUCGCGGUGAGACCGUUGGCGUCUUCUGGAAUAACGAGAAGGACUCGCCCGAAAAUAUCGUUGAACGUCAACACUGGACAGAGACUUUUUUACAGUGGUCUCCCCUAGGCACAUAUCUUACUUCAAUUCACGCUCAAGGUGUUCAACUCUGGGGAGGUCAGUCAUGGUCCCGACAAGCCCGAUUUGCUCACCCAUAUGUCAACCUCGUCGCCUUCUCCCCCACCGAAAAGUAUUUGGUUACCUGGUCUAACCGACCCAUUUCCAUCCCCGAAACCGGACAUCCCGCUCUUUCAAUCGAUGACGAUGGCAAGAACUAUGUCAUUUGGGAUAUCGCUACAGGUACUCCCUUGCGUUCCUUCGCCAAUCUUGAUCUCCCCAAGGGCGAGGAAGGCAAGCCUGCACCAAAGCUGCAGUGGCCUGCUUUCAAGUGGUCUGCUGACGACAAGUAUGUUGCUCGACUGAACCAGGGUCAAUCCAUUUCUGUCUAUGAGCUGCCACGUAUGAAUCUGUUGGACAAGGCUAGCAUCAAGAUUGAAGGCGUUAUGGACUUUGACUGGGCACCGGCUACGGUUCAAAGAGAAGGUGUCAAGAAUUACGAACAGCUCUUUUGCUUCUGGACUCCGGAAAUCGGCAGCAAUCCUGCCAAGGUUGGCUUGAUGAGCAUUCCCUCCAAGGAAAUUGUCAGAUCACUCAAUCUCUUCAGUGUCAGUGAUGCCAAGCUGCACUGGCAGUCGGAAGCGGCUUAUCUUUGCGUCAAGGUCGACAGACACUCCAAGUCCAAGAAAUCACAAGCCACCACAUUGGAAAUUUUCCGAGUCAAGGAGAAGGGCGUCCCCGUCGAGGUUGUUGACACCAUCAAGGACACUGUCAUCAAUUUUGCUUGGGAGCCCAAGGGUGACAGAUUCGCCAUCAUCACCACAAGCGAGCCGGUUGGCGUCACGGCCGUGCCCCCCAAAACUUCCGUCUCAUUUUUCUGCCCCGAGAAGAUCAAGGGGCCCAUCGCCGGCAACUUCAAGCACCUUCGAACACUGGAUAAGAAGAACAGCAAUGCCAUUUACUGGUCGCCCCGCGGACGAUUCGUCGUCAUCGCUACCAUCCACAACCAACAGAGCUCCGACCUUGACUUUUUUGAUCUCGACUUUGAGGGCGAUAAGCCCGAGUCCGACAAGGACUUGACCGCCAAUCUGCAACUGAUGAACACCGCUGAUCACUACGGUGUUACUGAUGUUGAAUGGGAUCCCUCUGGCCGGUUUGUUGCCACCUGGGCAUCAGUAUGGAAGCACACCAUGGAAAACGGCUACCAUAUCUACGACUUCAAGGGCGAAGCCCUGCGGGAAGAGCCCAUCGACAAGUUUAAGCAGUUCCAGUGGCGACCGCGGCCGCCGACGCUGUUGACCAAGGAUGAGCAGAAGCAGGUGCGCAAGAAUCUGCGCGAAUACAGCCGCGUAUUCGAGCAGGAAGACGCCGACCGCGGUGCAUCGGCCGACUUGGCUGUGGUCGAAGCGCGGCGACGCAUGCUGGAAGAAUGGUACGCAUGGCGCGCCGAUGUCGAGGAGGAGAUUUACGAGGAGCGUGCCGCGCUUGGCUUGCCGCAGGAUCCUCACGCUGCCCUGUUAGAGGCAAAGACAAAGGCGAUGGGAAUUGACAGCGCCGACCAGGACCAGGUCAUUGAGGAAAUUGUGGAGGAUGUGUUGGAGGAGAGUGAGGAGGUUUUGGCAUAG